AUAUGUUUUCAGGUUCGAAUCAAGGUCCAAAAUUCAGACAUCAUCUUUGUAAUUCAGUUCUCACUUAAAAGGAAAGCAGCACAGAUCCAGAAGCAGUACGUCGGUGGGAAGCAGGAUGGUGACGACGACGAGCUGCCGUCGUCGAGGGGGUUGGUGGUGCUGGUGGCUGCCUCUCGCCUGCUGCUCCGUCGUCCUCGUCUCUUGGCCGUCGCCGGCGGCGGCCGCCGCCACCACGGUGACGAGCCUGCCCGGAUUUGACGGCCCGUUGCCCUUCUCCCUCGAGACCGGACCACUGGUGUGCGCCUCUUCAGCUCAGUCAGAGAAUAAUCCGGAUGAAGACCCACUUUUGCUAUGGAUAAUAGGUGGUCCUGGCUGCUCUGGUGUCAUUGCACUGACCUACGAGAUAGGGCCAAUCGAAUUUGCUGCGAAAUAUUACUACAGAGGAGUGCCCAAAUUGAUCUACAGGCCACAAACAUGGACUAAGAUGAGCAAUAUAAUAUUCGUGGAUUCUCCGGUAGGGACAGGGUUCUCGUAUGCCACCACACAGGAAGGGUUCAAAUCUAGUGAUACCAAAGCAGUGCAGCAACUUCUUAUUUUCCUCAAAGAGUGGCUUCAAGAACAUCCUCGCUUUUCGCAGAAUCCACUGUAUAUUGCAGGUGACUCGUAUGGUGGUAUGAUUGUACCCACGCUUACGCUAGCAAUCGACGAAAAAAGCGAAGGAUUCAUGUGGAGGAAAAUACAGUACCCCGAGCAAUGUUUUGUGUGCACAGUCGGUCCAAGCUAUACACGAUUGCACAAAGGACAUCAACGUGCAACACUGCUACACGUCCUCGAGCCAUCUUGUGAAGAAGUCUGGAGCCCCAGGACUCGUAACUCUGCAGCGAUGGAUGGAACGAGUAGACUCAUGCUGAAAUCUAAUCCUGUUAAUGAUGAUCCUCCAACGUUUGAGUGUAGAAAAGCUUCCUACGCGGUACUAAAGAUGUGGGCAAAUGAUGAAACCGUAAGGGGGAGUCUUGGUGUGCACAAGGGAACAAUUGGACGCUGGAAAAGAUGCAAUCUCAGUAUAGAGUACACUCGAGACCUCCGAAGUACAGUGGAGUAUCAUUCAAAGUUAAUAAGGAAAGGAUACAGAGCAAUCAUAUACAGCGGUGAUCAUGAUGGUGGCAUGACCAUCGUUGGCACACAAGCAUGGAUCAAGGUUCUUAACCUUUCAAUAGCGGAUGAUUGGCGACCAUGGUAUGUCGCUGGAGAAGUUGCCGGAUUCACGAGAAGCUAUGCCAAUAAUAACCUAACAUACGCAACAGUGAAGGGUGCUGGUCACACUGCUCCAGAGUACAAACCCAAGGAAUGUUUCGAGAUGUUCGCAAGAUGGAUGUCAGGCAUCCCACUCUGACGUAUACUAUUCAAUUGCCCAGAACAAAUUAUCCAUGAUAAUUUGAGCGUGGUCA